AUGGACGAAGGAUUACACGAAUUAGGCGUUAGAUUCUCCAUAAACAAUAUAAGUCAGGAAUUGUACGGUUUAACUGAAUUACAGAAGCCGGAAACGAGAAAAUCGCGAAUCCGAUACACCAAUCGCUUGCAACCUUUCAUUAAAAUUAGAACCAAUUCUUCCAUUUUCCCCAUCGAUCAUGAAGGCUACAAAAGGCAAACUGUAGGUCCCACGUUUUAUCCCACUGGUAGCAACUUUUUUGGCUCAGUAGAUAAAUUAGGUUUCGCUGGAUAUGGUACUUACAAGUACCCACAUGGAGUAGUUUACAAAGGAAACUUCCUAGAUGGAGAGUUUCACGGAACAGGCGUGUUAAUAUAUCCCAAGGGCCAAAGGCUCGAAGGUACUUGGAGACACGGAAAAUUAGUCGAAAGCGUAUUCAUAACGGGCGACAAUUGCAAUAUAGUGUUCAAGGAAGAUUUCCUGCAGUUCCCAGUGCGCGUGCACGAGGACGAAGUGGACGAGAACAUGACAGUACUGUGUACCGAAAAGCAACUGUCCCAGCCGAAACACGAAAUACCGGAGGGUUGUUACGAUACCAUCGACGGUUAUUUCGAUCCAUAUACGUUCGUUAUUUAUAGUUACGACGGUAAAUUGAAGCGCGUAGCCACUAAUCAAGAAGGAUUAUUAAUCUUGAGUAAAUAUAGACAAAAAGCAAGCUUUGUCGUGGGUUAUCUGCCAGAAUUAUACGAAUUUUGGACAUCAGGGAGGCAAAGUGAAGUUAGAGAAAUAAAGAAGUUUUUCGAGAUGCAGAAGAAAAAGGAAGCUGGGACAGAAAAUGUGGAGAAAGAGGAAGAGGAAGAGAAAGAAGAGGAGGUACAUACAGGAGCGUAA